GUCGAGGUCACGUGUUUUCCAAGAUGGCGGCUGUGUAAGACGGUGUUGAAUCGUAUGCGUCUUGUUUUCAAUCAGCAAAGAUGGGUCUAGAGCCUACAGACAAAAAGGAAGGGGAGACUUCCACUCCCAAAGACAGAGAGCGCAAAAAGAGCCGAUCCAGAGAGAGGGAUCGGAAAGGAUCCCCGAGCAAGGAACGCAAGCGUCAACGGUCCCGCGAGCGGAAACGCUCUCGAACUCGCUCCAAAUCUCCAGACAGAGACCGGCGACUUAAAGAUAAAGACAGAGACAAGGAACGUGACCGAGACAAAGACAGAGACCGUGGCCGGAAGGAUCGGGACAGAGAGAAGGAUGGCCACCGAGGAAGAGAACGAGAACGCAAGAGGUCCAGGAGCCUCUCACCAAAGUCAAGGGCCCGGAUGAAGAGAGAGAGAGACCUGAAAAAGGAGGAUGAUGAAGAUGAUGACAAGAAGAAGAAAGAUAAGGUGCAGCCCCUCUCUUUGGAGGAGCUCCUAGCUAAGAAGAAGGCAGAGGAGGAGGCUGAGGCCAAGCCCAAGUUUUUGUCUAAAGCGGAGCGCGAGGCCGAGGCUCUGAAGCGCAGAGAGCAGGAGACGGAGGAGCGGCGGCGCAUGGUGGACGAGGAGAGGAAGAAGAGGAGAGUGUUCCAGGACAUCGGGAGGAAGAUGAUGGAGGACCCCAUGGAGAGAGAGCGCAGAGAGAGGAGGGAGCGCAUGGAGAGGGAGAGCAACGGAAACGAUGAAGACGACGGCCGACAGAAGAUCAGAGAGGAGAAAGAUAAGGGCAAAGAGCUCCAGGCCAUCAAGGAGCGCUACUUGGGUGGCAUUAAGAAGCGCCGUCGCACGAGGCACCUGAACGACAGGAAGUUUGUGUUUGAGUGGGACGCCUCAGAAGACACCUCGGUUGACUACAACCCCAUAUAUAAAGACAAGCACCAUGUCCAGCUGUAUGGACGUGGGUUCAUCGCUGGGAUUGACCUCAAACAGCAGAAGAGGGACCAGUCCCAUUUCUAUGGAGAUCUGAUGGAGAAGAGGCGAACGCUGGAGGAGAAGGAGCAGGAAGAGCGCUUUUUGAAGAAGAUGCGCAAGAAGGAGGCCAAGCAGCGCUGGGACGACCGCCACUGGUCCCAGAAGAAGCUGGAGGAGAUGACGGACAGGGACUGGCGUAUCUUCCGCGAGGACUACAGCAUCACCACCAAGGGAGGCAAGAUCCCCAACCCCAUCCGCAACUGGAAGGAGUACACACUGCCCCCCCACAUCCUGGAGGUCAUCGACAAGUGUGGCUACAAGGAUCCGACGCCCAUCCAGAGACAGGCCAUUCCUAUUGGCUUACAGAACAGAGACAUCAUCGGUGUGGCUGAGACUGGUAGCGGUAAAACUGCUGCCUUCCUCAUCCCCCUAUUGGUCUGGAUUACCACUCUGCCCAAGAUUGACAGAAUUGAGGAUUCGGACCAGGGCCCGUAUGCUGUGAUCCUGGCCCCGACUCGUGAGCUGGCCCAGCAGAUUGAAGAAGAGACCCUUAAGUUUGGCAAGCCCCUCGGCAUCCGCACAGUGGCCGUGAUCGGUGGUAUCUCCCGAGAGGACCAGGGAUUCCGCCUCAGGAUGGGUUGCGAGAUUGUGAUCGCCACUCCCGGUCGUCUGAUCGACGUGCUGGAGAACCGAUACCUUGUGCUCGGACGCUGCACGUACGUGGUCUUGGAUGAGGCCGACAGGAUGAUUGACAUGGGCUUUGAGCCCGACGUGCAGAAGAUUCUGGAAUACAUCCCAGUGACCAAUCAAAAGCCAGACACAGAUGAGGCAGAGGACCCCGAGAAAAUGAUGAUGAACUUCGAGUCUGGCAAGCACAAAUACAGACAGACGGUCAUGUUCACAGCCACUAUGCCUCCGGCUGUGGAGCGCUUGGCCAGAAGCUACCUGCGGCGCCCCGCGGUGGUCUACAUCGGCUCUGCAGGCAAACCGCACGAGAGAGUGGAGCAGAAGGUCCUGCUCAUGUCCGAGCCCGAGAAGAGGAAGAAGCUUCUGGAAGUUCUUUCUCGCGGUUUCGAGCCUCCCAUCAUCAUCUUUGUCAACCAGAAGAAGGGUUGCGACGUGCUGGCCAAGUCUCUGGAGAAGAUGGGGUACAAUGCUUGCACGCUCCACGGUGGCAAGGGCCAGGAACAGAGAGAGUUUGCCCUCUCCAACCUCAAAGCCGGCGCCAAGGACAUCCUGGUGGCCACAGACGUGGCCGGAAGAGGUAUCGACAUCCAGGACGUCUCCAUGGUGCUCAACUACGACAUGGCCAAGAACAUCGAGGACUACAUCCAUCGUAUUGGCCGAACGGGUCGUGCCGGCAAGAGCGGUGUAGCCAUGACCUUCCUGACCAAGGAGGACGCGUCGGUGUUCUACGACCUGAAGCAGGCCAUCCUGGAGAGCCCGGUGUCCACCUGCCCUCCGGAGCUGACCAAUCACCCCGAGGCCCAGCACAAGCCUGGCACCAUCCUCACCAAGAAGAGGCGCGAGGAGACCAUCUUUGCCUGAGGGGGCCGGACUCGCCAGCCAAACCCCUAGCUGGGAAGGAUCUGCAGCAGAGGAAGGCCAUGGGUGUCGGCAAUUUUGUUCUGGGAUUUACUCUGCGUCACUUUGUAUUGCGUUAUCGGUCAUCUCUCACCUGGUCCAUCUCUCUUCUAUCUUUUUCUUGUACCUCACUCUCUGUCUGUCUCUCUAUAUCCCUAUAUCUGGUUGUUGUCAUCCAUCCACGACUGUGUUCUCUAUCUGACUGUACACCCCGGAUCCAUCCCUGUUGGUGAAGCUGGCCGCCUGUCCUUUGCUGGGUCAGCAGUAAAGGGACCAUGAAAUUGUAUAGCUAUGAGUGUGUGUGUGUGUGUGUGUAGGAGAGGAGCUGCACAGCCUGCACUAAUUGGAUUAGCAUCAACAUUUUGAGCUGGAAGCUUUUUUUUAUUAUUUUUUUUUUUCCUGAUUGAUAUCAGUUUACCUAUCUACCAGUUUUAAAUUGUUGAGACCAAUUCAUUGAGUAGAGUGUAAUCUACCAGUAAGAUCCAAAUUCAACUGUGCUUAUUUUCAGACAAGUGAGCAUUUCUGCCAUAGAUUGCAACAUUACAUUGUAUUUGUGACUUUUAUUAAACCCAAAUUUGGCUGAA